GAAGAAUUAAAGAUGGCAAAAAGUGAUGACGGCAUACGGAUCUUGCAGGGUCUAUUAGUCUUUGGGAAUGUGGUCAUUGGGAUGUGUGGCAUUGCCCUGACAGCUGAGUGCAUCUUCUUUGUGUCUGAUCCCAAUGGUCUCUACCCUCUGCUGGAAGCCACAGAAAAUGAUGACAUCUAUGCUGCUGCCUGGAUUGGCAUCUUUGUCGGUUUUGCACUCUUUGCUCUGUCUAUCCUCGGUAUCAUUGGAGUCAUUAAGUCAAACAGGACCUUGCUGCUGGUGUAUGUUAUUCUGAUGCUGAUCACUUAUGCAUUUGAAAUGGCUUCUUGCAUCACAGCAGCAACUCACCGAGACUUUCUCACUCCAAAUCUCUUCCUGAAGCAAAUGCUGGAGAGGUAUCAGAAGUCAGAGACAGACAAUAACAAUGACAACUGGAUGACUAAAGGGGUCACAAAGACAUGGGAUAAACUCAUGCUUCAGAACCAGUGCUGCGGGGUGCGGGGCCCCUCCGACUGGCAGGAUUACACAUCUGCCUUCCGUGUCACGCACAGCGAUGCCGACUUCCCUUGGCCACGCAAUUGCUGUGUCAUGGAUGCCCAAGGGUCUCCUGUCAACCUCGAUGGCUGCAAGCUUGGAAUCCCCGGCUACUAUAACAGCAAUGGUUGUUAUGAUGCUAUUUCUGGGCCAAUGAACACACAUGCCUGGGGUGUUGCCUGGUUUGGUUUUGCCAUCCUCUGCUGGACUUUCUUCGUUCUCCUUGGUACCAUGUUCUACUGGAGCAGAAUUGAAUACUGA